AUGUCAUCAUUUUUCAAAAAGCCAGAAUGGGCAGUUAAAAAGGAUACCACUGAGCCUCAGUUUUAUCGAAGGUCGAAACAGACCUACUCUGAUAUUGUCGCAGCAGAUCGACAGGCACAAAGCAAGCAGAAAAUUACGGCCGAAUCCUCUGAAAAUAUCUCACCGAAAGAGGUCAGGGAUCAUAAGCGGCCUCGAAUUUCUGAUGAACUAGAGGAGAAGGAUACCAAAUCUCCUGUCACCUCACUUCCAGAAGAUGAAUUUGGAGAAGAAAUUGAAGAAGAAAAUGAAAGUGUUACCGUUGGCCCACCAGCUGAUCGCAGCAAAUGUCAUGGAGCUAUCAUCGAUGAAGAGGCUUUACCACCAACCACACAUUCUACCAACCACCUGAAUGAAACUUCAACAAGCCGACCAGAUCAAUCUCAUUUAUGCAGCUCACUUGCCUGUCAUAUACCCCAACCUCUCCAAAAAAUUCCGAGGAACAGUGAGAGUUCAUCGAUCAGACCAGGCAUAUUUGAUCAGCCAAUUAAGUCCACAACCCCCCAUCUUAAAAUACCUCAGCCUGCGAAAAUAAAUGAUCCUGUUUUGGAUGACCCAGUUGUCCAGAUCUUGAUAACAUCGGUCAUUCCAAACACAAAACCAUUGCUCAUUCAACGGAAAAUGUCGCAGGCACUGCGGGAAGUACGCUGGGCAUGGUGCAAACGCCAGGGACUUACACUAGAGGAACAAUCACGAAUCUAUCUUACCUGGAAAGGCCGACGGCUCUUUGAUGUAACGACCUGCCGGGGAUUAGGGAUCAAAUCAGAGCGUAAAAUUUCGCACUCGAUUAUCGAUGAUGACCUUGGUACAAGUCCUACAGAACUCCGCAUCCAUAUAGAGGCCGUCACCGAUGACCCUACUUUACGGGAUCAAGCUAUAUCUUCCACUCAUAUGGAAAGCCAACCAAAAGCACCAUCAAGUCCACCAGACGGUCAGGAUUAUCAGACCAAAUCGAUGAGAUUGAUCCUUCGAAGCCUUGGGCUGACUGACCUGAGGAUCAGAGCACGGUCAAAAACGCGGGUCUCAAAAAUCAUAACCACAUUCCGACAAAAAAAGAAUAUUCCUCUGGUCCAAGAAGUUUCAAUAUUAUUUGACGGAGAUCGAUUGGAUCCUAACAUGAGACUCUGCGACUAUGACAUUGAUGAUGAAGAUUUGCUAGAUAUUCAGAUCAAGUUGCAAACCUGA